CAUGCCUUCGCUUGUCAGCACCUGACAGGCAGGCCCGCGCCUCCCGCUGAUUGGCCGAGCCGCCCUGCCGGAAGCUCCGCUUUCCACCUCCUCCUGUCUCUGGCUCUCCGCUGCCGCCAUGAGCCGCCGGUGCUCGGCCGCCGAGUGUCUGCGCGACUGGGAGGAGCUGCAGGGAGGCUUCCAGCGCGUGCAGGACAGCCACCGGUUGUACAAGCAGAAGCUGGAGGAGCUGACCAAGCUGCAGGACGAGAUCUCCAACUCCAUCGGGCGGCAGAAGAAGCAGCUGAAGGAGCUCUCCGUGGCCCUCGUGGACUGCAAGGCCUGCGUCUCGUCCGAAGAGGACUCCCUCCAAGAUAUCGAAAGCCUGAUCAAAGACCGCCAGAAUGUCUUCUUCGAAAUGGAAGCCUACCUCCCCAAGAAGAACGGGUUGUACCUGAGCCUUGUGCUGGGGAACGUGAACGUCACUCUGCUCAGCAAACAGGCAAAGUUCGCCUACAAGGACGAGUACGAGAAGUUUAAGCUCUACCUCACCAUCAUCCUCAUCCUCAUCUCCUUCACCUGCCGAUUCCUCCUCAACUCCAGGGUGACAGACGCCGUCUUCAACUUCCUCCUGGUCUGGUAUUACUGCACCCUGACCAUUCGGGAGAGCAUCCUCAUCAACAACGGGUCCAAGAUUAAGGGCUGGUGGGUUUUCCAUCAUUACAUCUCCACGUUCCUCUCGGGUGUCAUGCUCACUUGGCCAGACGGACUCAUGUACCAGAUGUUCAGAAACCAGUUCCUUUCCUUCUCCAUGUAUCAGAGCUUCGUCCAGUUUCUUCAGUAUUACUACCAAAGGGGCUGUCUGUACCGGCUGAGAGCCCUGGGGGAACGGCACACCAUGGACCUCACCGUGGAGGGCUUCCAGUCAUGGAUGUGGAGAGGCCUCACCUUCCUGCUCCCCUUCCUCUUCUUUGGCCAGUUCUGGCAGCUUUUCAACGCCGUCACCCUCUUCCAUCUGGCCAGGCACCCAGAAUGCAAGGAGUGGCAGGUCCUGAUGUGCAGCUUCCCCUUCUUCGUCCUCUUCGCUGGCAACUUCUUCACCACCCUGCACGUCGUCCACCAGAAACUCCAAGACAAGCCCAAAGAGCCCAAGAGGGAGUGAGGCAGGGGGCGGGGGGGGCGCCAGCCCCUCUGCUGCCGGGCUGGGGAGGGGAGCGUGCAAGGCCCUGCCGUGGGGUGGGAUUUGAGGAAGACCCCGAGACCAAGAGGGUGGCAAGGGCAGAAUGCUCCAAUCUCAUUCCAUUUCCCAUCCCUCCCCAGUUAAAAAACUUUUCCAUCUCUCCCCAGUUAAAAACCAGCCAUUUCCGGCUUGGGCCCUCCUGCAGAUGCUGGACAACCGCACCCAUCACCCCCCACCCCCACACCACUACUGGCCUCUGUGGCUGGGAGUUGUAGUCUUAAGCCCAGCUGGAGGGCCAAAACUGUGCAGUGGCCAUAGCCGUUUGUGUGUAUGUGUGUGUUUGUCCACAAUGGUGUUCUUCCAUCUCCGGCUACAGGGGCGGCUGCUAGGUUUCUGGACUACAGCUCCCAUCACCCCCUGCGAGUGCAGCAGGGGCUGACGGGGACUGGCGACCCAGCGCAGGCCAGCCCCUUAGGGUUAGCCCCGCUCCGUCUUUCUGCUUACACCAGACCCGUGUGUCUGUUUUGUGUGCCCCUUCUUUUGUCAGGCUCCCUCUUGUGGGGACUGGGCCGGCUACCGUUUUCAUGCAUGGGUAGCCCCCCCCCCCCCCGCGCUCUCUUCCCAGCAGUGAGGCCUGCUUGGACCAAGGACAGCAUUUCUACCGUUGUGUACCUGUGCAUGUUUUUUUAUACUCUGCAUUGAUGCAGCCGGGCGAAGGGACUGUCAGCCGCCAGGAAAGGCAGAUGCUGUUCUGGGUUGUGCGGGUCGUGUUUUGCGAGAGGCGGCACAGCUGGGAGGCAGGGGAAAGUGGGCUUAUCUCCCACCCUGUAUCUUAAUCUCUUUUAAGAAUGUACUUUUGUCAUGGGUGGGGUGGGGAAACUGUUGGGAAAUAAAGGCAGAAAAAGGGAAAUGUGUUCA